CGUUAAGCUAAACCGCACCGGGAGUCCGCGACGGGGGAGAUGGAGGAGUAGACGCAAUCCCACGCGAAUCCAGUCGAAUCGAGCCCAGCACCGCAGCACGCGAGGAAUAAACCAUCGGGGAGGAAGAAGGGGGGAGCGCGAGGUGGGUGGGCCCCGGGAUGCAGGCGCAGAGGUCCCCGGCGAUGGUGGGGGGCGGCGGCGGCGCGGCAACGGCGGCGGCGCCACUUGGGAUGCCGUCCCAGGCAGCGGUGCCGGUGCGGCGGCGGUGCGAGGGCACGGCCAUGGGCGCCAUCACCCUCGACCUCCGCCCCGGCCUCGGCGUCGGCCCUUUCACCCUCGGGAUGCCGAUCUCCGAUGCCUUCGCGCAGAUAGAGCACCAACCUAACAUUUACGACGUUGUCCACGUGAAGUACUUCGACGAGGAGCCGCUCAAGUUGGACUUUAUCAUCAGCUUUCCGGACCAUGGAUUUCAUUUACGCUUUGAUCCUUGGUCACAGAGGCUCCGUCUCAUUGAGAUUUAUGAUGUUAAGAGAUUACAAUUGCGAUAUGCAACAUCUUUAAUUGGCGGUCCAUCAACAUUAGCCACUUUCGCAGCUGUUUAUGCACUCUUCGGACCAACCUUCCCUGGUAUAUAUGACAAGGAGAGGGGAAUUUAUACACUGUUCUAUCCCGGUUUAUCCUUUGCAUUCCCAAUCCCCAGCCAAUAUACAAAUCUCUUCACCAAUGGAGAAGUGGCAGAUUUGCCCCUGGAGUUCCCAGAUGGAACCACCCCUGUUACUUGCAGGGUUUCUAUAUAUGAUAGCUCAACAGAUAGCAAGGUUGGGGUUGGAUCAUUGAUGGACAGAGCAGCUGUUCCUGCAUUGCCUUCAGGCAGCCUGUAUAUGGAGGAGGUGCAUGCGAAGCUUGGCGAAGAGCUAUGGUUCACAAUAGGGGGCCAACGUAUUCCUUUUGGUGCAUCACCACAGGAUGUCUGGACUGACUUGGGUCGCCCGUGUGGUAUUCAUCAGAAGCAGGUUGACCAGAUGGUAAUACACUCUGGAUCAGACACCCGCCCAAGGACAACACUUUGUGGGGAUUACUUCUACAACUAUUUCUCCCGUGGAAUUGAUAUCUUAUUUGAUGGACAGACACAUAGGAUAAAGAAGUUUGUUUUGCACACUAACUUCCCUGGCCAUUCGGAUUUCAAUUCCUAUAAGAAAUGCAACUUCGUUAUCUAUGACGCUGAAGUUGAAGGGACAUAUCAGCCUGGUAAUGUCUCUAAGAAUUGUAUUACACCUCGAACAAAGUGGGAACAAGUUAAGGAGAUCCUCGGUGAUUGUGGUCGAGCUGCGAUCCAGACACAAGGCUCCAUGAAUAAUCCAUUUGGAUCAACUUUUGUAUAUGGAUAUCAGAAUAUUGCCUUCGAGGUGAUGAAAAAUGGAUAUAUUGCAACUGUUACUCUCUUCCAGUCAUGAGUGUGCUACUUGGGGUGCUGCUCCGAGUUCUGGCUGCAUAGCAUUUUCAUGUCACUGCUGGAGGGAACAUCUCUGAUGGUUCAUGGAAUGCAAUGCAGCCGGGCAGUCAAUGUGGACCAGCACCAUGACAUGUAAUUUGUUCUGUAGAAGAAGCCACCCAUUGUACAGGAACUAACUGUACUCUGCAACCUCACCUUCUGUACAUAAAUGAUCUUUAUUUGUUGAAAAAAAAAGGAAAUGUACAUACGCAACACUGCAAUAUGGUCAGAUGGUGGAACGUUGUGAUUUGUCUCAUGUGAAUACUGAAAUAUGAUUUGCAAGAUGAUCAUUGGCCCCUGA